AUGAGCGACAUCCCCCAGGUCAUUAUCACCAACUCCCUCGACGACAUGGCGACCCCCGUCCCUGCUGAAGUCUCUGCCGAGGCUGGUCCCAGCACGCGGAGCAUCGCCACCUCCCUCAUUUCUCUCCAGAAUCCUGAGGUUCUCCAGGUCAUCGACGCGGGCGCAUCCAUCAAGUCUCUGUGUGACUCCAUCAAGUCUGCGGGCAAAUCCGUGUGCUCCCAGCAGAGCGUCGGGUUCCUCCCACGCUGCGCCUCCGACCCGGCCCACCAUGCCCGUUGCAACUACUGCCUCGAGCUGGCGAAGAAGCACGCCGAGGAGAUCAUGAGUGCCAACCAGCCGCGUGAGAUCGACCCUCUUAGUCUUCCUGCCGAGCCGGAGCGCGUCGCCACUCCAAUCUCCUUCGUGGUGAAUGGUCCUCUCACUGCGGCCCAGCGUUACCAGCAGUCUGUUGGGUACAAGCUGCGCAUCCCCGCGUACGACUACGUCCGACCUUCCACAUCGGUUGAGAACGACGAGGCCGAUUCCUCGUCCAUCAUUGCUCCCGAGCUUGCGGUUCUCACCGAUAAACACCCGAUGGACCGCGAAAUCAUUAACCCCGGCCCCUACAGCGCGUACGAGGCUUUGGGUCGCCCUAAGAGGACCCCUUCCUUCUUCCAAAGUCACCCAAAGGACCAGGUUCAGAACGCGCACCCUGCCUCUGCCACGGGGAGCGUGUCUACUGAGAAGAGCAACUUCUAUUUCCGCGCUCCCAGGGAGAAGGGCAACCACCACCUCCUUCAAUGCUGCGUCAUUUGCUGA